AUCUUCUUCGUGUGUAGUAGGCUUGCGAUUCUCAGACUCUUUCUCGAGCUAUCAACUAUCAGAGAAGGCAAAAAAAAAACAAUGGGGAAAGGACCAGGUCUCUACACCGACAUCGGCAAAAAAGCCAGAGAUCUGCUGUACAAGGACCACAACAGCGACCAGAAAUUGAGUAUCACCACCUACUCUCCUGCCGGUGUUUCCAUCACAUCGACUGGAACUAAGAAAGGUGAAUCACUAUUGGGAGAUGUAUCUUUUCAACUCAAGCAAAAAAACAUCACCACCGAUUUCAGAGUUUCCACUGACAAUACCGCUUUGAUCACUGCUACCGUUGAUGAGGCUGCCCCUGGAUUGAAGUCCAUCUUCAGCUUCAGGGCCCCUGACCAGAACUCCGGCAAGAUUGAGCUUCAGUAUUUGCAUGACUACGCUGGUAUCAGCACCAGCAUGGGAUUGACUCAGAAUCCCACUGUCAACUUCUCCGGUGUUAUUGGCAACAAUGUGUUGGCUCUUGGUACUGACGUCUCCUUCGACACCAAAUCAUCCAAUUUCACCAAGAUCAAUGCUGGCCUCAACUUCACCAAGGAUGAUUUAAUUGCUUCCCUUACCCUGAAUGACAAAGGAGAUUCAAUCAACGCCUCAUACUACCACAUUGUUAACCCGCUUUUCAACACUGCUGUUGGAGCUGAAGUGAACCACAAGUUCUCUACCAAAAUCAACACCAUAACCGUGGGAACACAGCACUCGCUUGACCCCUUGACCAUGGUGAAAGCACGUGUGAACAGUGCGGGGAUUGCUAAUGCACUCAUUCAACACGAGUGGUCUCCCAGGUCCUUCUUCACUAUCUCUGGAGAAGUUGACACUAAGGCCAUCGACAAGAGUGCUAAGGUUGGAUUGGCUCUCUCUCUCAAGCCUUGAUAAAGAGCCAAGAAUCCUUUUUCCCAUUUUUCUUGUUGGAUUUGUUAGAAGAGAGUAAUAAAAAAGAUGGUUUGUCUUUGGUGAUAAGAUGAAACACUAGAGAUCCUUUUUCUUUGCUUGCCACUGUGUUGCCAUCUACUCGACUUUGUUUUCGGAAUUGAUUUUUUGGGUCCGUAAACUUAAAUGAAAUGAGGUUUAUCAC